AUGGCUCAACCGAGGCGGCAGAACACCUACCACUUCGUGCCCGCGGCGACAAACGCUCCGGGUGGCCGGAAGGCGGUCGAGAAGCGAGCGCGUGCUCAUGCGGCCAAAGUCACCCAUGAGCGGAGAGCCGCCAAACGCGGCGCGGUCGUCAAAUGGAUCAACGAAAGUGGGAAGUCUCGCGCAACAGGGACUCAGCUCGUCGCACGGAAUCCCCCCAUGAUGGCCCAGUUCGAAAUCAGCCCGUUGUCACAGUUGUCACAGGCCAAGGUGGAUCCCUUUGAGACCAACCCUCAUACCAUCCUCCCGAACCAGCUCCAAUCCAUCCUUGACUGGGCCUAUGAGUAUGUCCAUCCCAAAGUCCUCUCCGCCGCCUCAGAAGAUGAAGCGUCGAUGAUCAAGAUCUCCUGGAGACGAGUUGGCCAAGAAUGGCCGAUGAUGUUCCACCUGCAAGUCGCCGCUGCGGUCAAUUUGCACCGCGCCGAUGUCGACCUUGAACCGCUGCCCAAGGAGAUCGACGCAAUGGCACAGAGUCAUUCCGAGCGAGGUCUGAACAUGGUCAGAAAGGAGCUCGGCAAGCUCAAAGGCCCGCCUUCAGAUGCCCUCAUCAUGGCGCAGAUCAUGGUCGCGCUUUUGACCACCCCAGAUCAGACAACAUCCUUCGACGGUUUCCGGAGAUCGCCUUUGGCCACUGCGCAAAACCUUCAUCGCUACGCAAGACUGGCGAUUGUGCCCCAUUUGAUUGGAGCACUCUUAGAACUGGUCACUAAGCGUGGCGGGAUUGAAUCCACCCGUGAUUUUGGAAAUUCGCAGUUGCUGCAAUUUGCCGACUUGAUGAUUAGCUCAAGACUGGGGAUACAGCCAUCAUUUCCAUGGCUCCGGCCUUCUCUACCGAUUCUCAAGGGACCCCGGUAUCAACCUGAUCACCAAGCAAUCGCAAUCUCAAGAGUCAUCGGCACUGGGUUCAGACAGCUGGACUCCAUCGACCUGAGGCUGGCUAAUAUCCUCAGGGAUGCCGGCGAAAUUACCGUUGCUCUUGAUCACUACCAAGAAUGUCGACCGAAUGCUCCACGCCUGUCUGAUCUAAUCAAUGCAGCGAACGAGACUCAUCACAAACUACUGAGUAUUGGAGUAAACAUGCCACCAUACCCGUCGAAGCUCGAUUUCUUGUGCGACAUGUGCCGCCUGGCCGGUCUCAUUUAUAGCGAUUUCGUGUUGUUCUCCUUACCAACUACGACGCAGGUCAGACCUCGGCUGGGUGCACAACUUCGUGCUGCUGUGGAGCAGUUCGAGAAAUUCGAGGCCGGGAGGUCCGCCACUACCUAUUAUGGCCAUGAUGUCGGCGACCACAACAUUCUGGUGAUGUGGGCCUUGAUUCUUGGUGGUCUGGCGUCCCUCAACACCCCCGAGAAGCCAUAUUUCGUACAGAAACUGCGCGAAUACGUUGAACGGGUCCCGUACGUCUCUGAAUGGCGAGCUUUUAGCGAGCUUAUGGGCACAUAUCUUUGGUGGGACUACAUCUUUGAGGAGCCUGGUUCUGGACUCUGGACGGAAGUUGUGCAAUCUCCAAGCCUUCACCAUCGUCCGUCAGGCGACUCCCUCUACAAACACUCCGCUUCACCAACUUCAAUCCCGAUCCACACUCACCACCGUACACCUGCGACAGAACUUGGCACUUAUGGACUGCCAACUCCAAGUUCUUCCGAACAGUCUCCACAACCCGCUAAUCUCCAAUGGGAGCCAAUCUGGACGCUUCCCAGGGAUGCUUCUCUUGUCCAUUGGGUAUGGACGUGA